AUGUAUGAAUUGUUGUUACAUGCUGGCGUGCCGGAGAGGAGGUAUGGGAGGGUCAAGCAGACGCUUAUGGCGAUAACGGGGAUGGUUGGGGUGGAGUAUGCCGAGCACGUACUUGUGUUUCAGAAACAUGGUGAAGCUACGGCGCCAGCACCGGCUCCUGGGACCUUGAAGCGGCAGAGACAAGGAGAUGUCAUGAAGGCAAAUGUGCUCAUGCGUCUGGUGGCCGAGGUUGACCAUGGCCCUGAUCCAAGUCGGCCGGCACAUGAGGCAAAGGCUGCUCAGAGAUGGUCCACAUACCUCAUCGACACCCCAGAACCUGGCGACGACCGCCAAGUAACGCAGCGCACCUCAUUCACGACUCCACUCCCCGGCAUGGAUCAAGAACAAGCACAAAAGCAUCUUGAAGCGCAAGGCUAUACAUAUUCCUACGAUUAUGUCAUGAAGUCCGAGAGGUACACUUAUCGAUAUAUCCAGAUAUCUCUUCAACGGUUCUAUAAGCACGGCGAGGAGGAGCCAUUGAGCAAUGAUUGUCUGAUGGCAGCGUUGAUCCGGGUGGAGGACAGUGCAAAUGGCAUGCGAGAAGCUACAGAGAUGCUGAAGCAGCUGAGAGCGGAUUUACGAGGCGUGUGUGACCUAGAGGUUGUUGCAAGGGAUUGGCUGGACGUGAGAGUGCGAUGA